AUGGACUUAGUAGAACAGCAAAGUGAGCAAGACGUGGAUGACAGUUUCAAUGUUACAAUCCAGGAAACUGAAAAAAAUGUUUCAUUUCCAGUCGAUUUAGGAGAUUUGAAUUCCGGACCCAAGCAGCCUGUAUUACAAGAAUAUCCAUUAACAAGAUUUGGAUCCCAAAACAGAUCAUUUUCUUGUAAAUAUUAUUCAGAAUACAAUUGGCUAGAGUAUAGUAUAAGUAAGGACUUAGCAUUUUGUUUUUGUUGUCGACAUUUUGGUCUGGGAAACAAUUGUCAAGACACUUUCACAGAGAAAGGCUUUCAAAAUUGGAGAAAAACAAAUGAAAAAUUGAAAUUGCAUUCUACCCGAAAAUAUCAUAUUAUGAGUAAAUCAAAAUUUGAAAGCUACAAAAGUUCAAAAUUACAAGGAUCAGUUGUAAGUCAGUUAUCAGAUGGAUAUAAAAAACAAAUUCAAGAAAAUCGUUACUACUUUUCACAACUGAUUGAAAUUUUACUGUAUUUGAGUGGGCAAGGUAUGGCUUUUAGAGGUCACUCUGAAGAAGAAAAUGCCUUGAAUCAAGGUAACUUUAAAGAAGCAUGCAAAUUAUUUGCAAAGAGUUUUAAAGGCCAACAGAUGUCUGUAUGUGUUAGAUACACUGUAGGACUAGAAAUUCAUGAACGGUUCUUGGGAUUUUUGGAAGUCUCUAGAGGGCAUAAUGCUGAUUUUCUGGCUACCGAAGUUUUGAAAUUUUUAGAACAAUCUGGAUUAAGUCACUUAAAUAUAAUUGCUCAAUCGCAUGAUGGUGCGGCUGUUAUGUCAGGUCAUUUAGGAGGUGUUCAGGCAAAAAUUAAGGAAAAAUACCCCACAGCGAUUUUUACCCAUUGUAUGGCACACCGAUUGAACUUGGUUGUGGUUGACAUGUGCAAAUAUAUAACGAGUGCAAGGAGUUUAUUUAAUGCGUUGGAAUCAAUACAUAUCUAUUUUUCAUUUCCUUCAAAAAAUAUUAAGCUGCAAGACAUACAAAAUGAUUUGGGACUUAAAAAUAGAUCUAUGACCCAUUUAUCUGACACACGUUGGGUUUGCAGAUACAAAAACUGUGAUGUGGUUUUAAAUAAUUUUAAAGCAAUUCUACAAGUAUUAAAUGAAGAAAUUGAAGCCAAUUCUGACAGGAAUGUCAGUCAAGCUAUUGGUAAAGUGGCACUCACACUACCAAUUAGUUCUGCAACAUGCGAACGAUCGUUUUCUGCUUUACGCAAGAUAAAGUCAUGGCUUAGAGUUUCAAUGGGCCAGGAAAGAUUAACGGAUUUGUCAAUUCUAUAUAUAGAAAAAGAUUUGACAAAAUUAAUUAAUGUUAAUAAAGUUAUUGACUCAUUUGCAGAAAAAGACAGGCGUAUUAAUCUUAAUGAGAUUGCAUAUCCAUUAAAUCAGCUUGCCAGAGGUCGUCAAUAA